GUCCUAAAACAUCGAUCCAAUCCAAGAACACACAUAUUUAGCAUUCCUUUUAUUCAGCUCAACUCAUCAACCAACACACUCAGAGAAUCAAGAAUCAAUAACCAAGGAUAUCAAGAUUCAGGACUUAAUCAAGAAGUUAAUCCUGUCAAAGAACAUUAAUCUUAAAGACACUUGCCGGCACAAGGAGGUUGAACAUUUGCCAGAAGGGUAUCCAAGAAUUACCACAAUGAAAGAUCAUACGACAUCAAGCUCGAAGAAAUCUUCAUUUCUCGGCACAUUAUACGAUGAUAUGUCACUAAUACUUGAAACUGGACCAUUCCCUCAUCAUGGCCAGAAAAGUGAUCAAGACCAGGCAAGGAAAUCAUCAUCAGAUGUUGAUCCAAGGUUGUUAAUGUUGCUAGAAUUUUUCAGACAACUCUACGUUAGGAAAAGGGAUAUGUUCAAGAAAAUGUUUCCAGAGUCACAUGAUGACGAGUUUGUUGAUCAGAUGUUGAAGAAAAUUGGUGCAAUGUUAUCUACUGCAAAAUCAGAAAAAAGGGAAGAUAAAACUUUGCAGAGAAGCUUGAGUGUAGGCUCGCCCCGGCCACGCUCUAUAGAUGGAGAUGAACCCCCAUUGAGACUAGAGAGGUUCAAGGUUCGGACGCUGGUUCCCGGCGGCGGCGGCGGUGACAGCAGCAGCGGGGGCCAAGGUGAUACCAAGUCUGGUGGUACCAAAUCCAAAUAAAAUAAAGUAAAGAAGGCUUAGGGAUUCCUCCUCUGACAUGGCGACAUCAUUAUUCUGGCGAGGGACAGAUCAAGAAAGCUUGUUGAUGGUGGUAACUCUCUGAGCUUGUGGCCCCUCCCUCAAUCAGGCUCUUCAAUUGGCUUAAACAAUUUUGUUAUUCCUCCUCAAACAGGAUCCUUGUUUCUCCUGUGUUUGAUUUCCAGGCUCAAGUGCCUUGGGAGGUUGAUAAUUCUGUACCCCAAGCAAGAGAAAGAUUAUGUUUUUCUUGCUAAUAUUUCUGUAAUUCUAGAUAGCCAGCUAAGCAUUUUGAGAUAGGGAGCCUUCCUUUUUCUUGGGUGUCUAAUUGUCCCCUGAAUCUUUAUUUAUUUUGGAUUCCGAUUUCUAGGUUUAAUAUGUUUUCCUAUUCACCAAGAGAAAAGUCCAUGCCCAAAUGAGUUGGCAUCAGGAAUAUGUUGUCUUGCAAUAUUUCGCUUUGAAUUUAUAUAUCUCUGCCAAAAAAACAAGAAAUUACAUAAAAUACUUAUUUUUAAAAAAUAAUAUCAUUUCUACGAAAAAAAUGUUUUCGUUUCAAAUAUACAUAAGCAAAUUUUUUAAAAGAAUCUUGGUAACUUUCAUUUGUUUUUUUUUUUUUUCUUUUACAGAAUUAUAUAAGAUGAAGUUUAAUUUUUUUUUCUUUAACCCUUUUAUUAUCAUCUUUUUUACGCAUCACCGCUCUUUUUAUUUUUUUAAUAUGCUCUCUCUUUCUCUCUCUGUGUGCGAGUGUGAAAAGCAUAAGAAAAAUGGAUGUGGAGAUAAACACAAUACAUUUCUUACACAUACAACAUCCUCUUAAUGAAGUUCAUAUCUUUGAGUGUAUGUAUGCUGAAGGGAUGAG